AUGUCCUCUGGCAACAUCGUCCUCCGAUUUCAAUAUCCGCCUUCGGGCUCCAAUUCAGACAUACGUACAUUCCGAGUAUACCAUGUCAUUGGUGACUCCUCAGAUGUGGCGGAAUUAUACCGAUUCUACCACCCUCUUACCGGUCUAUCGAGCGGCGUGACGACUUUCCAGCGUAGGAACCUAACCACCAACGUAUGGGAUUCGGCCGGCCAGAUAGACUGGACCUCGAAUUCCAACGCGACCGUGACUUUCGGCAUCGACGAUGUCAAUAUCCGUGACUUGCGUAGGGCGAAGAAAUCUUCCAGCAAGUCGCGUCGUUUCAAGGCCGGCGGAUCAGAGUACAAGUGGAAAAUCGCCGAGAACAAUAUUGACCUAUUUUGUGUAGAUUCCCGUGGGAGGACAGUUGCAACAUGGGCACAAUCUGAGCUCACGCUGUGCGUUGUUCCCAGCGCCGAAGCUAUCCUUGAUCACCUGGUGGUUACGUGCUUGCUACAUCUUUGGAUCAGACAGCUCGGGCGGUGGUGA